CGUCUUUCUCACUCACAGUUCUCGCACUCCCUCUCUCUCUCUGUGACGCUCGCACAAUCUCCAAGGCCGGCGACGUUUCGAGAGCCUCAUUCUCCUUCAGUCUCAUUCUUCAGUUUUUUUGCUAAGAGCUCAUCAUGGGUAAGGAAAAGUCCCACAUCAACAUUGUGGUCAUUGGCCACGUCGACUCUGGCAAGUCGACCACCACAGGUCACUUGAUCUACAAGCUUGGUGGUAUUGACAAGCGUGUGAUCGAGAGGUUUGAGAAGGAGGCUGCUGAGAUGAACAAAAGGUCAUUCAAGUAUGCCUGGGUGUUGGACAAGCUCAAGGCUGAGCGUGAGCGUGGUAUCACCAUUGAUAUUGCCUUGUGGAAGUUUGAGACCACCAGGUACUACUGCACUGUCAUCGAUGCUCCCGGACAUCGUGAUUUCAUCAAGAACAUGAUUACUGGUACCUCCCAGGCUGAUUGUGCUGUCCUAAUCAUCGACUCCACCACUGGUGGUUUUGAAGCUGGUAUCUCCAAGGAUGGUCAGACCCGUGAGCACGCUCUGCUUGCUUUCACUCUUGGUGUCAAGCAGAUGAUCUGUUGCUGUAACAAGAUGGAUGCCACCACUCCCAAGUAUGCCAAGGCAAGGUACGAUGAAAUCGUGAAGGAAGUCUCUUCCUACCUGAAGAAGGUUGGAUACAACCCAGAGAAAAUUGCCUUUGUUCCCAUCUCUGGAUUUGAGGGUGAUAACAUGAUUGAGAGGUCCACCAACCUCGACUGGUACAAGGGUCCUACCCUUCUUGAGGCGCUCGACCAGAUCAACGAGCCAAAGAGGCCCUCAGACAAGGCCCUCCGUCUCCCACUUCAGGACGUGUACAAGAUUGGUGGCAUUGGAACUGUGCCUGUGGGACGUGUUGAGACUGGGAUCAUCAAGCCUGGUAUGGUGGUGACCUUUGGUCCCAGUGGGCUUACUACUGAAGUUAAGUCUGUUGAGAUGCACCAUGAAUCUCUCCCGGAGGCUCUUCCUGGUGACAACGUCGGGUUCAAUGUGAAGAAUGUUGCUGUCAAGGAUCUCAAGCGUGGUUAUGUUGCUUCCAACUCCAAGGAUGACCCUGCCAAGGAAGCUGCUAACUUCACCUCACAGGUCAUCAUCAUGAACCACCCUGGCCAGAUUGGAAAUGGAUAUGCUCCAGUGCUCGACUGCCACACCUCCCACAUUGCUGUGAAGUUUGGUGAGAUUUUGACAAAGAUUGACAGGCGAUCUGGUAAGGAGCUUGAGAAGGAGCCCAAGUUCUUGAAGAAUGGUGAUGCUGGUAUGGUUAAGAUGCUUCCCACCAAGCCCAUGGUUGUGGAGACCUUCUCUGAGUACCCACCUCUAGGUCGUUUUGCAGUAAGGGACAUGCGCCAGACAGUUGCUGUUGGAGUCAUCAAGAAUGUUGAGAAGAAGGAUCCAUCUGGUGCCAAGGUGACCAAGUCUGCUGCUAAGAAGAAGUGAACCGUCAUGGCCCACCCUAAGAUUUCGAUAGGCGAAAUCUUUCUUAAUAAAAAAUUAAAUCUUGAAAACUUUAUUAAGGUUUCUUUUGCUAGUUUGUUGAGUCGGUCUAUAGGUUUUAGUUUGUUGCCAUCGUUGUUAAGUGUCCAUUCCCAGAAUUGGGUGCUUGACCGGCGGUGGCGCAGGAGUCUAGGUGCUUUUGGUUUUGCCAAAGGUGGCUAAGAAUUUUUGUUCUUUUUAUCAUGAACUAAAUUUCAAUUGGUCUAUUUCGGAUUA